UUAGGAAUCAGUCACUACUGUCUGUAUCAAUUCCACUACGACACUGAUCACUCUGCUCAGUGUGUGCGCCACUUCAUGUCCCCUGAUAAGAUGACCACUUGGGUGGCUGCCCACAUCGAAAUCUGCUACUGGAUUCAAAGUCCAACAGUGUAGCUGUGGGAAUAUGACCAACACAUGCUGAGCACUGUUCACUGUUUACAGAAAGCACAGUUAUCAAAAGAAGUAGUGUGAAUAAUUGAUGGAAAGUUGGUGACAGAGACUCUUUGUCUUCAGCAGGACUCCUCAAAGAGGACACAGAGCAGAAACACUGACACCAAUCAACCAGUCUCAUGUUUUACACCACAUUAUGGCGACGGCAACACCUGAUGAUGAUGAUUUAAAGCCUCAGAGGAGCAGCAGUCCUGACAUAAUUCGUCCUGCCUUCAGAGAGGAUGUACCAUCCAGGGAGCGCAGAAGCAGUGUUGGAUAUCUGCCACCUUCAGUGUCUGAGCUGAGGGUUGUUCUGCUGGGGAACAGCUGGUCUGAGAGGAGUUCAGUGGGGAACUUCAUACUGAGAGAAACUGUGUUCAACACUGAGGAAAAAUUAGAUGACUGUUUUAGAGUCAGUGGACAGUUGAAUAAGAAAGAAAUAGUUCUCAUCAACACCCCAGAUCUGCUGCAUCCAAACAUCUCACAACACAAACUGACAGAACAUGUAGAAACCUGUGUGAGACUCUCUGAUCCUGGACCUCAUAUGUUCCUGCUGGUUCUACAGCCUGAAAACUUCACUGAGCAACACAAGAAGAGACUACAAUCGAUCCUUGAACUCUUCAGUGAUCAAUCAUUUGAUCAUUCACUGAUUCUGAUAUCAACACAAAGAGAGGAGAGUUCAGGUUUGAUGAAGAAAUAUGAGAAACAUCCACAGUUAGGAGACAUGAUCAGAAAAUGUAGAUCCAAGUUAUUUUGGCAGAAGAACCUUAAACGUCCAGAGCUGUUAAAGAUCAUGGACCAAAUUGUGAAUGAAAACAAUGGAGAUCAUGUGAGCUGUGAAGCAUUUAAAGACACAACACCUGAUUUACCGCGUGGUCAUGGAAGCAUCAGGACCAACUUUGGUCCUAUGAGAGCUCCUGGGAAAUCUCUCUUGGAUCCAGCGAAAAACAUCUUCAACAUCUCUACACUGAGGAUUGUGCUGUUGGGGAAAAGUGAAGACAAAAAGACAAAACUUGGUAACUUCAUUACUGGGAAAGAAGAAUUUCAUAGCCCAAAAAAUCCCUCCUGUGUAGCCGCUUGUGGAGAGUGGAGAGGAAAACCAUUGACUGUAGUAAAAACUUCAGAUAUCUUCAGUCAGUCUGAGCAGACAGUGAGAGAAGAAGUGAGGAGAUGCAUGAAUCUGUGCUUCCCUGGACCAAAUGUUCUGCUGCUGUUAGUGAAACCUUCUGAGUUCAAUGAAAAUGACAAAAAAAGACUGAAGUUCAUUCUGAGUUUGUUUGAUCAAGAUGCUUUUAAACACUCCAUGGUCAUCAUCACACACAGGGAGAAAGAAACAAGUUUCACUGAAGACUGUGGAGGAAGAUACUACAACAUGUUUGAAGAUGACCACAAACAGUUAAUGGAGAAGAUUGAGAACAUUGUUCAACAAAACAGAGAAACCUUCCUCACCAUCACUGAAGAGACCAGAAGACCAAAGUCUUUAAACCUGGUUCUGUGUGGGAGGAGAGGAGCAGAGAAGACUUCAGCAGCCAAGGCCAUUUCAGGUCAGACAGAGCUUCAUUCAGUCUCCAGCUCAUCAGAGUGUGUUAAACAUCAGGGAGAGGUGUGUGGACGUUGGGUUUCUCUGGUGGAGCUGCCUGCCUUGUAUGGAAAACCUCAGGAGGCAGUGAUGGAGGAAUCAUUCAGGUGUAUCUCCCUCUGUGAUCCUGAGGGUGUCCAUGCCUUCAUUCUGGUCCUACCUGUGGAUCCCCUCACUGAUGAAGACAAGGGAGAGUUAAAGACCAUCCAGAAUACAUUCAGCUCUCGAGUCAAUGACUUCACCAUGAUUCUGUUCACUGUGGAGUCAGAUCCUACAGCUCCAGCUGUUGAUGACUUUAUAAGAAAGGACAGAGACAUCCAGGAGCUCUGUCAGAGCUGUGGAGGAAGAUCUGUUGUUCUCAACAUCAAGACCAAGCAGCAGAUCUUUGAGUUGUUGGAUACUGUGGAGAAGAUGAGACAAUCUGAAAAUAAACCAUGUUGUUAUACAACAGAGACCUUUGCACAUGCCCAGAUGGAUAAAGUCAUACAACAAGAGAAGCAUAUCAUGAAUCAACAAUGUGAGCUUGAGAAGCUGAAAAAGAGGAGCAACAUCACUUGUGAUGAUGAGAAACAGAGCUCAGAGUGUCUCAGGAUUGCUCUGAUAGGGAAGACUGGUAGUGGAAAGAGCUCUUCAGGAAACACCAUUCUGGGAAGAAAAGAGUUUAAAGCUGAAACAAGUCCAACAUCAGUCACCAAACAGUGUCAGAAAGCACAGAGUGAAGUGGACAGUCGUCGUGUCGUCGUGGUCGACACUCUUGGUCUGUUUGACACCACUUUGUCCCAUGAAGAGGUUAAUGAGGAGAUGGUGAAAUGCAUCAGUCUUCUGGCUCCAGGACCACAUGUCUUCCUGUUGGUGUUACAGAUUGGCAGACUCACAAAAGAAGAGAAGCAGACAUUAAAACUCAUCAAGGAAGGUUUUGGAAAUGAUUCAGAGAAGUUCACCAUCAUUCUUUUCACAAGAGGAGAUGAACUGGAGGAUGAAAAGUCCAUUGAAGAAUACAUUAAACAAUGUGAUGAUUCCUUUAAGAAGCUGAUUGCUGACUGUGGAGGAAGAUACCAUGUGUUUAAUAAUAAAGAUAAACAAAACCGCACACAAGUCAGUGAGCUGAUAAACAAGAUUGACUCCAUGGUGAAGGACAAUGGUGGCACCUGCUUCACCAAUGAGAUGCUGGAAGAGGCGGAAGCAUCAAUAAAGAAGGAAAUGGAGAAGAUCCUGAUGGAUAAGGAAGAAGAGAUGAAGAGAGAGAGGGAGAAACUUAAAAGAAAACAUGAAGAAGAAAUUGAGGCAACGAAAAGACAAAUAGAAAAACAGAUUGAACAGGAGAGAGAACUGAGAGAGAAACAACUUCAGGAAAAGGAGGAAAAGAUUCAGAAAGAAAGAGAAGAGAGAAAAAAGAAAGAACAGGAAGAGAGAGAAGAAGAAGACAAGAAGAGGAGAGAACAGGAAGAAAUUCAGCGACAGAAGUGGGAACAGGAACUUGCAGCUUUGGAGAAAAAGAUGAAGUUGGAAUCAGAAGAAAAAGAAAUCAUUGACAAAAAGCUGAUGGAGAGCAGAGAAGAGAUGAGAAAAGAGCGAGAGGACUGGGAGAAGAAACAAAAAGAAAUGUCUGAGAAAAGAAAGCAAGAAGAUGAACAGAGACGAGAGGAGGAACAGAGAAGAAUAAAAAAGCUCCAACAAGAAUAUAAGAAGGAAAAAGAAGAAGAUCAAAAGAAAAGAAAAGAAGAAGAUCAGAUCAGAAGAGAAGAAGAGGAGAAAGAGAGAAAAGAAUUAGAAGAAAAAUAUAAUAAAGAACUGGAGAAUGUAAAGAAGAGAAAUGAAGAUGAAGCCAGAAAGAAAGCUGAAGAGUUCAAUGAAUUCAAAGAGAAACACAGGAAAGAAUUUGAAGCUCAGAAGAAAGAUCAUGAGGAAGAACUGAAAGACAAAGAUAAGAAGUAUAAUGUGUUACAGGCACUAAAAGCCAAGAAUGAAAAAGAACAGAAGAAAAAACAUCAAACAGAAAUCUGUAACUUGGUGAAAACGUUGAACAUGUGGCAUCUGAGAAGCAUCCGCAACUUACUGGAUGCACAGGAAAAGGAAAUGGAAAAGGAGACAAAUGAAGGUGAAAAAGAAAAUCUGCAGAAAAAACACGAAGGACAAAGAAGUGAAUUGAUACAGAAACUUGUGGAUGAUGAUUCCAUGUGCAGUAUAUCAUAG